GAAGUUAUUAUCGCCAUGUUGGUAUAUAGAUAUGAAGCUCCUCCCUUAAACUGUUCUUUUCGUCUUGUGUCACAUACAAAGCAGUCAAAUCAAGGGGGCGCCGUAGAGGUUCACAUACUGAACGGAUAUCUCCUGCCUGUAUUAAACGUCACAUUAGCUGUCAGCGGAGUAGUAGCCGCCGUCCCACCUGCACGUUGUCAGCGCAGUAUGUCCACCCCGAAUCGGAAGGAGUGUAAUAUCUCCACCACGGAGAGAGCAAUUAAAUCAGUCCCUUUCCCACCAGUACAUCGUUUAACCUUCGAGGAAGUAUUUGAUAUAAAUGGCAAACCUAGGGUAGAUGUUUUAAAGAGUCAUUUCAUGAAAGAAGGUCGUAUAAAGGAAGAAAUUGCACUUCAAAUAAUCAGUGAAGGAGCUGAAAUUCUUCGUCGAGAAAAAACGGUGCUAGAUGUGGAGGCACCAAUUACAGUAUGUGGUGACAUUCAUGGUCAGUUCUUCGACUUAAUGAAGUUGUUUGAAGUUGGAGGAUCACCAGCAAACACCAGAUACCUCUUCCUUGGUGACUAUGUAGACAGAGGUUAUUUUAGCAUAGAGUGCGUUCUAUACUUAUGGGUGUUGAAGAUUUUAUACCCGGAUACCUUGUUUCUCCUGAGGGGCAAUCAUGAAUGCAGACAUCUUACAGAAUACUUCACCUUCAAACAAGAGUGUAAAAUCAAGUAUACUGAGAGGGUGUAUGAUGCCUGUAUGGAAGCAUUUGAUUGCCUUCCUCUUGCUGCUCUUCUAAAUCAGCAGUUCCUUUGUGUUCAUGGUGGACUGUCACCUGAAAUAAACACACUAGAUGAUAUUAGACGGUUAGAUAGAUUCAAAGAACCUCCUGCGUUUGGUCCUAUGUGUGACUUGUUGUGGUCGGAUCCAUCCGAAGACUUUGGAAAUGAAAAAUCGCAAGAGCACUUUAGCCAUAACACUGUCCGGGGUUGCUCUUAUUUCUAUAGCUAUCCAGCAGUUUGUGAAUUUAUCCAGCAUAAUAAUUUGUUAUCAGUAAUAAGGGCACAUGAAGCACAAGAUGCAGGCUACAGAAUGUACAGAAAAAGUCUGACUACUGGGUUUCCUUCCUUAAUCACUAUUUUUUCUGCACCUAACUACUUAGAUGUCUACAGUAAUAAAGCUGCUGUUUUGAAGUAUGAAAAUAAUGUAAUGAAUAUACGACAGUUUAAUUGUUCUCCCCAUCCUUACUGGUUACCAAAUUUUAUGGAUGUCUUUACAUGGUCACUGCCAUUUGUUGGCGAGAAAGUAACAGAAAUGCUGGUGAAUGUGCUCAGUAUUUGUUCGGAUGAUGAACUGAUGACAGAAGGAGAAGAUCAAUUUGAUGAACGACUCAUAAAUGGCAAUAGAAAAGCAGGAACAACUGCUGUAAGGAAGGAGAUCAUCAGAAACAAAAUCCGUGCUAUUGGCAAGAUGGCAAGAGCCUUCUCUGUACUCAGGGAAGAGAGUGAAAGUGUGAUAACACUGAAAGGACUGACCCCAACUGGAAUGUUACCUAGUGGAGUACUUUCUGGAGGACGUCAGACUCUAGAAAGUGCCACAGCUGAGGCUAAACAAGCAAUUCAAGGAUUUUCACCACAGCUUAAAAUUUGCAGUUUCGAGGAAGCAAAGGGAUUAGACAGGAUCAAUGAAAGAAUGCCACCAAGAAAAGGUGCUUUUCAGCAUGAUGGUACAAAUUCAUUAAAUGCAGUAAAUGCCAGUGAAAACAAUGGGACUGGUAGCAGUAAUGCACAGUGAUCAUCACACAUUCACUCCACGUCUGCCUGAGAUUUACUAGACUACUUUUAUUGAAGUGAUAACUGCUAAUUCAGCCAGGGGGUUCUGGUAGAAUGGGAAUUGUUAAACUUUGAUCCUCAGUAAAUGAUUUCUGCUUUUUAGACAAUUGCCUGUCUACAGAUGAUGACAAAACUACUGAUAGACAGCCAUCAGUAUCAUGUUUUUCAAGAACUGUCAGCGCCUGUUGGACCAUGUAGCAAAUUUACAGGCUGUUCUAAAUCAAUACACAUCUAAUACUUAUUGACAUCAACACUUUUAUGUUUACAAUCUACAGCUGUCUUUUGUUUAGUAAUGUUUUAUUUAAGUACGUAUUUUAGAUGAAACCCUUAAGAGCUAAGAGAUUAUUUAUUAAUGUACAUUAUUGUUGCUCUUAAAUUGUGUCUUUAAAAGAGGCAUGUCUAAGUAUGUUGGAAUGGUCUUAAAACAAUUGUGAAGCUGCAGAGAUGUUCUUUGAAUAUGUUUUUAAUGCCAAAAAAAUGUAGCUGGCAAUUCUGUAAGAUGUGGACCUCAGGUGUAUUUCUGUCAGAUGUUGCUAAUUUUGUAUUAUAGUCACUGUAUUUUUCCUUUUAAAACUCAUGAAAUUUCUAUAUAUAAACAUUUAUUACUUGAAUGCAGAUCAGAAACUUGUUAGAAUGCUAGUUUUGUUACAAUUUUGAUUCCCCUUUGUUUGAAGAGCAUUUCCUAAAACAACAUAUAUAAGUAAUUGUCAUAUAUAAGGUGCUUCGAAAAUGUAUGUUAUGUUAAAAGGAUUUUUCUCCAUAUCAGGUCUAUAAAACUUGGCCAAGUAAUUUGUAUGCAUGUUUUUAUUUUGCAGGUAUUUAACAUACAUCAUCAGCCUAUGAUUUAUUAAAACAUCUGUAGGAAAUGUGCAUGUAAAGGAUACUGUUUUGUGAAUAUAACUUUGCUUAUGUUGGUUUUAAUCAUUGGGUUGAAUAGCUCUGGUCUUUUUGAUACUUUUCUGAAUUACAUGAGAAAAUGUUAAGAAAAUGCAUUAAAAAUGACAUGUUUCAAAAUGCAACAUAAACAAUACUAGCUAGGGCCUAGCUAUUUAGAACUGUUAAGACUACCAAAAAUUGUAUAAACAAUGUGGCACAUUAUUUUAUAUAAUAAGAAUGGUGAAAGUCAUUGUCAGAACCGUGCAUUGUUAUGUUGGCAGUAGACUGGCUGCUGCUGUUUGCUACAUUUUUAUGAUGUAACUACCUAAUUGAAGGGACAGUCAGCAGUAAGGGUGCAUUUUUUCACUCUAUGCAAAACAACAUUCAUUGAUUGCAGCAUGGGUGGUUCUUAUCUGUUUUUUUUUUCUGAUUGGCAAGAUAUUUUGUUUUGGUCACUACAGCCUACAGAAUCCUCUGUAAAUGGCUUUGCUGAUUGCCUUUAAACUGUACAAGGUUAAUUAAAGCCAAAAUUGCAUUUUGUAUUUUUUUAUCAAAUUAUUUUCUAAUCUUAACUGCUCAACUGUAACUGAGUAUUGUCAUCAUUAUGAGCAAGCAAAAAGAAUCAGAGCUUCUGAACCGCCUCAACACACACUAAUGAUUUAAGAAUACAGCUGAAGUGCCAGACUGCAGGAAUGCCUGAAGCUUUGCUUAAGCUUAUGUCACUUGUUUGUUAAAUGGAUAAGUCUGCUUAGCCAGUUAAACUGCAAUAAACUAAUAAAAAGGAAGCAAAGGAUUUUGCACACACAGUAUAGACUGAGACCAGCAGCUUUAGUGCUGAUGAACAUUUUUGAUUUUCUAAUCCCCUCUAGAAUAUAGCUUGAAUCACUAAAUGCAGGGUUUUGUCAGCAAACUCAACAUGUACAUAUACUAGUCACAUUUGGAAAUUAAUGCAUGCGCUGAAAUAUGAAUUAUUCAAUGUUUUAUAAUACUGCACACAAUAAAUCUUGUACAUGGGCUGCUGCUCCUA